CUGAGGUGCUCUCUUCUCAGGGGAUCAGGUUUGCGAUCACGAACAUUCUGUGGUUUGCACAAGUGGGGGCAGUCCACGAGGAAAGAGAGAGUCAUUGGUCUGUUCCUAACAAGGACAGAAGCUACAGGCUCUUAUUAUUUGCGAAGACUCCGCAUUUCAGGAACCACAUACUGGGAUAUAUUAGACCAGACUGAGAAUGUAUACUCGACUCUGCCUUUGUUUGCUAGUUUUUGUGAGUACUUGGCAGGAGAUUGUAUCACAAAGGCCAGGUACAUGCCCUAUUCCAUCCCCAAUUUGUGGUCGAGAACCUGAAGAUACGUGUACAAGCGAUGAUGAAUGUGGUCCAAGGCAAAAAUGCUGUGUGCCACAUGAAUGUCGACCGGGAACUACGACUUGUAUAGACGCGGCAAAUCUCCCUUCUGGGAAGGGACCUAAAGGACCAAAAGGCCCACCAGGACCUAAUGGUUUUCCAGGUGAUCCAGGAAGGCAAGGUCCACCAGGAAUAAGGGGUCCCACCGGUGGACCAGGCCCAGAUGGUGACCCAGGUGAUGGAGGCCGACCAGGCCCACCUGGACCAGGCGUAGCUUUUAAUCCUGCUGAUGAUGAUCGUGGUAAAGGUCCUGGACCUAACGAGUAUCAAUACAUUCCUGGUCCAGCUGGCCCAGCAGGUCCUCCUGGUCCCCCUGGAAGAUCUGGCCCCCCUGGUCGAGAGGGUAACCGAGGUGACCCUGGUAUACCUGGAGAGGCUGGUGCAAGUGGAGAUCCUGGACAACCAGGUCUGAAAGGUGUAAAAGGUCGUGAUGGAACACCUGGAGAACGAGGUCCCGCUGGUGAUCCAGGUUCUGUAGGUGAAGGUGGUCUUGAUGGUCCUCAGGGGCCUCAAGGGAGACAAGGCCGACAAGGUCUACAAGGCUCUAAAGGAGAACGUGGUCAAACUGGUGCUGUUGGUGAUGCAGGUGAACAAGGCAUGCCCGGGGAUAAUGGGGAACCUGGUGACCCUGGAAAAGAUGGAAGAGAUGGACAGCCUGGCCAGCCUGGUCAGCCUGGUUCUAAGGGUGCGCAAGGAGUCAAGGGUCCUCAGGGUGCUAGUGGAUUGGCUGGUGUUUCUGGGCCACCUGGUGGACAGGGUCCAUCUGGUUCACCUGGUAUCCCAGGUAGUCCUGGUGCCCCCGGUGCAAAUGGUGAAAAGGGAGAAACUGGAAUAGUUGGAAAUCCUGGAAAUCAAGGACGAAUUGGUGAUACAGGCCCAAGAGGCAGCAAAGGUUCCAAAGGUGCACGUGGGGCUGAAGGUGUGCAAGGUGGCCCUGGAGCCAAGGGAGAUCGGGGUGGCAUUGGAGAACCUGGACCAACUGGAUACCAAGGAAGCCCUGGCAGUCCUGGUCCCCCUGGUCCACCUGGAACAUCUGGUGCACGUGGAGAAAGGGGUCGCAACGGACAAAGCGGACUUGCAGGUCCAGUCGGACCUAAAGGAAAUCAGGGAUUACCCGGCCCACCUGGAAACCAAGGUGAUCCUGGUGUCAGUGGAAAAUCUGGUCCCCCAGGAAGAACAGGGCGUCAAGGUGCACCUGGUCCUUCAGGAGUUAAGGGUGAUCCAGGCUUUGCUGGUGCAUUGGGACGUACAGGACCUACUGGACCUAAGGGUGAUCAAGGUCUUCCAGGAGGGCGUGGAGAUAAUGGACAGAAAGGAGCCAGGGGCAAAGAUGGUGCAGCUGGGCCAAAGGGUUCGCGGGGUGGUCGUGGACCCCCAGGUCCUACUGGACAAAAUGGUGUUGAUGGAAAGCCUGGUAGCCAGGGUGCUGCUGGAAAUACCGGCCAAGUUGGACCCCCAGGUGUAGCAGGUCAAGCAGGGCCUCAAGGUCCCGCUGGUCCUACUGGUAACAAAGGAGAACAGGGCUCUCAAGGUAUCGAAGGUGAUGUUGGUGCAGAUGGUCCUAAAGGAGAGAAGGGUGAUCGCGGCGUGCAAGGGGCUCAGGGACGUCCUGGAAAUGAUGGCGAAGAUGGUGCUGAUGGGGAGCCAGGUUUGGCUGGAGAUACUGGACCUCAAGGAGCUCAGGGUGAGCGUGGUGAACAAGGUCUACAAGGUGCUGUUGGGCCUGCUGGAAGCAAGGGUUACCAAGGGGCAGAUGGUCAACCUGGCAAGCGGGGUGAACAGGGAGCACAAGGAGAAUCUGGAGAACAAGGUGCAGCUGGAUUUGCGGGUCAACCUGGAAAACCUGGUGCACUCGGUGAAGCUGGUGCUGAUGGCCAACCUGGACCUGAAGGUGCAAUGGGACCUCCUGGCAUGAUGGGACGUCGUGGUCCAGUCGGUCUUCCAGGUGUACCCGGUCUUCCCGGCGAAAACGGAGAGAAGGGCGGCAAGGGUCCAAAAGGUAAUCCUGGUCGUGAUGGUAAACCUGGCCAAGAUGGUCGACCUGGUAGAAAUGGUAAUCCUGGUGCCCAAGGACGUCCUGGUCCCAGUGGCCCUAAGGGUGAGCGAGGUGACAUCGGAGGUCGUGGCGCAGAUGGAUCACCUGGUGAACGUGGUCCUCCAGGUAAUGCAGGUGCUGCUGGAGACCAAGGUCAAGCAGGAGCUCCCGGUCAACAAGGACCUGAUGGACCUAAGGGCAGUCGAGGUGAUAAAGGUGGUAAGGGCGAGAAAGGUUUGAAGGGUGUAGCUGGAAUGUCUGGAGCCCCUGGUGGACCGGGUGAACAAGGAGAUCGUGGUAUUGAAGGUGACGCUGGAUCCAGUGGAAGACCUGGAGGUCCAGGUGUACAAGGAGCCCGAGGCGAGACUGGUCCUGUGGGACCUGCCGGAUCCCCUGGAUUACCUGGUGUUGCUGGAGAUGACGGAUUGGGCGGAGCUAAGGGUAACCGAGGUCAACCUGGCCCAGAUGGUAAAACUGGACCACCAGGUCCUCCGGGUAAUCCUGGAUUGGACGGCGAAAACGGUCAAAAUGGUGAAGCUGGAGAUUCGGGAGAUGCUGGUGAAAGAGGUGCCACUGGUGCCAAGGGUAGUAAGGGAGCCACGGGAUACCCCGGCCCACAAGGUAUUCAAGGGUUAACUGGAAAGGCUGGACCUAAGGGUGAUGCAGGCGAUAGUGGGCCCGUCGGCGACGAAGGAGGAGAUGGCGAAAAGGGUUAUGAUGGUGGAAGAGGAGCUAACGGCGCUGAUGGUGCUGAUGGUGAAGAUGGUGACGAUGGCGCUGAUAGUGAUGAAUCUGGAGACCCCGGACAAGCCGGAGAACAGGGUCCUAGAGGUCCUGAUGGACGUCCCGGAGCUAUUGGUGCACCAGGUCCAUUAGGCCCUGAUGGUCAACCUGGUAUUGAUGGACCACCUGGAAAUUUUGGUAACCGGGGUGAUGCAGGACCGAAAGGAGUAAAGGGACAGCCUGGUCCCGACGGAGACGACGGAGAAACCGGUACCGUUGGUGAAACCGGUGUUGAGGGUGACGAUGGUGCUAAGGGACCAAAAGGCGACAUGGGCGCCCCAGGAACACGAGGACCGCCUGGUGAUGCUGGUGACGAUGGCAAACCUGGUAAUCCUGGUCAUGGUGGUAAUCAAGGAAAAUUGGGUGUACCUGGUCCAAAUGGUAAGAACGGUCCCCCUGGAGCACCAGGUGUUGCGGGUCCCAACGGCCGACGCGGUCCACCAGGUGAAGAUGGUCCUGCAGGAAGAAGUGGAGCUACUGGACCUCCCGGCCCACCUGGUGAUCCCGGUUCACCUGGUAAUGCUGGUCCACCUGGAGUCCUUAUCAGGCAAGAAGCUUCACAAGUCGUUGUAGAAAAGGGACCUCGAUUCUACUCAAGCAAUCAGGACUUUGUCACUGACGACACUUUGGUCGAUGACGUAAGCGUCGUUAAGAAGGCAACAGAAAGCAUCCUUGCUAUGAUGGAAAAGAUGGAUGGACGUGAAGCCUCAUCAGCAGCACGAUCUUGCCGAGAUUUGAAAAUGGAAUAUCCCUCAGCCCCAGAUGGCGAAUACUGGAUCGAUCCUGACUGGGGUAGCCAUGGCAACGCUUUCAAAGCCAAAUGUGACUUUACUCUACGUGAAACAUGCAUUAAAUCUCUCAAUUCUAAGAAAACUAACGACAACGAAGAAUUCGAAUACGCCGAUGAUGUUCAAAUGACCUUCCUCCGAUUAUUAAGUAGCACCGUUCGUCAACAAAUAACAUAUCAUUGCAAGAACUCGAUGGCGUUUGAUGGCAAACUGAAGUCUAUCAACUUGAUCGGAGAAAACGAGAUUGAUAUUAAUAUGAACAGUCCAACUAAAUACAGACCCACAAUUCUCCUAGAUGAAUGCAAGAAAAAUGAUAAUAUGUGGCAUAAGACUAUAUUCGAAGUAAAAACGGAGCAGAAGCAACGGCUACCGAUUAUCAACGUUACACCAUUUGACACGGGCGUAGGAAAACAACACAAGUUUGAAGCGGGAGAUGUAUGCUUUGUGUGGUAAAGAACACGAUACGAACACGGAGCCUGCUUGACAACGGAAUGAAUAAAUGUAGACGUGAAAACGCAGGCUAGGGAAUUACAUCUUAUUAGUUGAAUAAAUAUAACAGCUAAAUCGUUAUUCUCUGUACAUUUCAGUGUGUGUAGAAUUGUUAAAAAUAUAAAUUGUCUUGUGUUU